AUGCCGAGCCCCGUUCCGUCGACUUCGGCUGUACCUUACUCGGACUCGAUCACGGCUCCUAUCGCCCAUCUUGGCAUCUGCGACGCCAACGGAAACGACGGGGAGGACGAGGAAGAGUACGAUCACGAUGUGCCGCUCUCCUUUGAUUCGAACCAGGACACGAUCGCAGCGCGAAGAUCACAAGGCUCGGCGGCGAAAGCGAGUCGGCGGUCGGCCAUCUCGAGACGGAGACCCAGUCGAGGGACGAGUUCCGAAACGGUCGUUGGGGAUGGGGCCAUGAGCCCGUCGUCGAAGAAGUCAUCGCCGUCCGUCACGCCGGGGUCGAGUCCAACCAGGUAUCGCAAGGCCUCGGCGACGAUCCAGGCUCUCAAGAUCCCCAUGCUACAAUCCUCUGCGACAUCGCAUGCUUCGGGGACCGACUCGGAACCUUGUCUCUCGGCCAUGACGGCGACGAACAACACCUUUGGGCUCGUCGGGCACCGGCAUGGGUCUUCGGUCACGCCGACGACGGCGACAUUUCCUCGACUGGACGCCGAUACACCGCAUGCCUCGUCCGCAAGAUCCGGUCCCGACUCUAGUCGGACACCCAAACUUAACGACGACCAUAAGCUGGAGAGCGUGAGGCCUGGAUUCUGUCCCAUCCCGGUGGUGGAGUCGAGCAGGCGGCAGGUCGAGAUGCCCGGUGCAGCCUCGUCCGGCGGCUCGGCGAACCGCAAAGACUACGUGCCGACCCUCCCGUCACCGCUGAGCAACUCGUACAUUACCUCGGAUGACUACUGGAGCUCUGGUGCUGGUUUUGGAUUUGACUCGAUCUCGCCUCGAUUGCAAGGCGACUUUCCAUUUCCGUCUUCGAACCCUGGGGCUGGCCCCUAUCCGAUCAGCAUGAGCUCGGCUUCGUCGACGAACGCCAUCUCGGCUCCCGCUUCCCCCUUUUCGACGACGUCGUCGCUCCACGAUGGUGGGUUGUCCAUGUCGCAGUCCCCGCCUAUGUCGCUGCCUCGACGCUUGCAGGCUCUGCCUUCCCCACCCAUCCGGCCCGAUAGUGGCGGACCUCGCGCGAGGGGCCGCGGUCACGCUGUCUCCUUCUAUGAUCGAUCAUCGCCUUCGGCAUCGAUUCCACCGUAUCAAACGUCGACUUCGUCGUCGCGCAGCACAUCACUCUCACGAGCCAACGAGAUGCCCCUGACCCCGCCCGAGUCGGUUUCGGAGAGCGGUCGACACUCCAUCUUCAGUUCCACCGAUGCCUGGCACGACGUGCUCGGGGUCGCGGCUUCGAGCAUGAGCUACGCCAACAUGGACUACAGCCUUCCGCAAGGUGAUUCCACCGCUGCGGCCACGGAGACCUCGACCAGUUCGAAGCAAGGCGCGGCCGACGAUCUCAUGUCGUUGCAGGAUACAACCACCGCUCCUCGACGACAGAGCAUGCCACUGGGGCAUCAUACCCAGUCGAGGAGCGCUGGGUCUCCGGCCGACGGAGGCAAACGCGUCAACAAUCACGAUUUGAUGGCUGGGUCGGGAGGAGGGCACUUUGGUCCGGCGACGAGGGAACUACUCGCUGCGGCGAUAAGUCAGGCCAUUGACCGAGUACCGCUCUCGGCAGAGGACGAGGUCGUUCACAUGGUCGAGUACGGGGCGAUGAACUCGCGCUCGGCUUCAUUGUUCCCCGCUGUGAUCUCGAAUCUGGCCAUUCGACACGAGUUGCUGCGCAAGGAGAAGGGACUUGACGUCGGCGGAGAAGAUGACGCAGAGGCGCUCUCGUUCCAGAUCACCCACGCCGAUCGACUAGAAGCCGAUUUUCGACCGCUCGCCAAAUUGCUCGAGACGUCGUCGGACUCGUACCUCAACGCGAACUGGUUGACCGAGCAUCGACCGUCGUUGGAGAACCAGGUAUUCUCGUCGUUCGUUACGCGACCGUUCGGAUCCAAGGUGAUGCCGCGCAAGUCCGUCACCUUUGGAUUCUCGGCGAUGGCCUUGCAUUGGCUCAGCACCGAUCGCAAGUAUCGUAUGGCACCAGCGAGCAUCGCCCAUGGCGAGCUGAUGGCGUUUUUGUCGGCGCGAGCGACGGAGUUCAAGACCGGUGGUUUGCUUGCCCUGGCGUACAUCGCUCGAUCGGAGGACAAGGCGACGAGCGGGCUCAAUCGAGGCCCUUCGGCUGCGGCUCGAAUCGGAGGAGGUGGUGGAGGGCUUUCACGACCGACGAUUAUGUCGGCCAGCUCGGAUCCCGAGGGGUUCAACACGGCUCCCGUGUCUUCCUCGCCCGAGUCGUCUCGUCCCUCGUUGCGCCAUCGAUCAGCGACCACGCCUGUGGUCCCUACCCUACGGAAGGACAUUUGGGAGAUGUUCACCAGCGUCCUCAGCCUGGCGAUCCAACGCCUCGUGUCGACGCAAUUGCUCAAACCUGCCGUCGCUCGACAGUUGCUCGCGUUGCCAAUUCAUCCGCGGACGCCGAGGCAAUCCAAGGCCGUGCUCAAGUCGAUGCAGCAUGCUUGGGACGUCGAGUCGGAAGAGGUCGUCAAGCUGUCCCAUCCUGCUUGGGCCGGAUUGAAACACGAGACGGUGUCCCCGGCUUCGUACGCCGAUCAAUCGAUUCAGGUAAGAACAUCAAUCUCCUUUGGGGAUACGCCAAAGCUUUGAGCGCUGACGAUACGAUGUCUUGAACAAACAGUUGCUCAAGGUGUUUUGGGAAUCCGAAAUCCGGUCGAUCAUGCGUGAGGCCCUUGGUUCCCGAGCGGCGUGCGAAUUCACGCUCGACUGCCUCUGGAAUGUCGUCAAAGUGCGUAGAGCUCGUUCUUCUUCAGAGAUAAAGGAAGUGGAGCACUGACGAAAGGCUGUAUAACCUUCGACUUGCAGGAGAAGCUUGAAGAAGAAGGCCCGCAUCCUCUCGAGCUCGAGGUACAGAUCAUUCUUCUCAGACGCAAACCCGACGCUUGA